UCCCUCGGGCGGAGCCCAGCCGGCAAUGAGCCGCUGACCCCACCUUUGGACGAAGCCUGGUCCCCCAGGUCAGCCUGGGCAAGAAAUAGGAGAUUCCAGCCUCCAGCGUCUCCAGGCUGGGGAAGUGCACCUGACCCGGCGGGCGUGGCAACGGGCGUGGCGGCGGGGCUGACGUGGCCCGCGGCGUGGAACCGGCGUGAUUCAUCAGUGGCCGCGGAGCGCGAUGGGGAUGAGCACAGCGGCCGCCUAGGCGCGUCCUCCGCGUGCUCUCCUGGUCGGUAGCCCGGCUCUGGGAAGGCCAAGAUGGAAGAGAUUCUGAGGAAGCUGCAGAGGGACGCGUCCGGGAGCAAAUACAAAGCCAUCAAGGAGAGCUGCACCUGGGCCUUGGAAACCCUAAGUGGCCUGGACACCAUUGUGACGCUCCCUCCACACUUGCUGAGGGAGAAAUGCUUGCUGCCUCUCCAGUUGGCGUUGGAAUCAAAGAACGUGAAGCUGGCCCAACAUGCUUUGGCCGGGAUGCAGAAGCUGCUGUCAGAAGAGAGGUUUGUCUCCAUGGAGACAGACUCUGAUGAGAAGCAGCUGCUCAAUCAGAUCCUGAACGCCGUGAAAGUGACGCCUUCGCUCAAUGAGGACCUGCAGGUGGAGGUGAUGAAGGUUUUGCUGUGCAUCACCUACACCCCAACAUUUGACCUGAAUGGGAGUGCCGUGCUGAAGAUCGCAGAGGUGUGCAUUGAGACCUACACAUGCAGCUGUCACCAGCGCAGUAUCAACACUGCUGUGCGGGCCACUCUCAGCCAGAUGUUGAGCGACCUGACUUUACAGUUACGACAGAGGCAGGAGAACACGAUAGUUGAAAACCCAGAUGUCCCGCCGGAAUUCGGGAGUCAAGGCGCUACAGUAGAGGCCCUCUGUGAUGACGUUGUCUCUGUCCUCGCUGUCCUGUGUGAGAAGCUCCAAGCCUCCAUAAAUGACAGCCAGCAGCUGCAGCUUCUGUACCUGGAAUGCAUUCUCUCCGUGCUCAGCAGCUCCUCUUCCUCCAUGUACCUGCACAGGGGCUUCACUGACCUCAUCUGGAAAAGCCUCUGCCCAGCUCUCAUUGUGAUCCUGGGGAACCCCAUUCACGACAAAACCAUCACCUCUGCUCACAGCAGCAGCACCAGCAGCAAUGUGGAGUCGGACUCGGCCUCUCCUGGUGUGUCUGACCACGGCCGCGGCUCAGGCUGCUCCUGCACUGCACCUACCCUGAGCGGACCUGUGGCCCGCACCAUCUAUUACCUUGCAGCCGAGCUCGUCCGCUUAGUGGGGUCAGUGGAUUCCAUGAAGCCAGUGCUCCAGUCCCUCUACCACCGUGUGCUCCUGUAUCCCCCACCCCAGCACCGGGUGGAAGCCAUCAAGAUCAUGAAAGAGAUACUUGGGAGCCCACAGCGUCUGUAUGACUUGGCAGGACCAAGCUCUACCGAGUCAGAGCCAAGGAAAAGAUCUAUUUCCAAAAGAAAAUCUCACUUGGAUCUUCUCAAACUCAUCAUGGACGGCAUGACGGAAGCAUGCAUCAAAGGUGGCAUUGAAGCCUGCUACGCUGCCGUGUCCUGCGUCUGCACCUUGCUCGGGGCCCUAGAUGAGCUCAGCCAGGGCAAGGGCUUGAAUGAGAGUCAAGUACAGCUGCUGCUUCUGCGCCUUGAAGAGCUUAGGGACGGAGCUGAGUCAAGCCGGGACUCCAUGGAGAUUAACGAGGCUGACUUCCGCUGGCAGCGCCGGGUGCUGUCUUCAGAGCACACGCCAUGGGAGACGGGCAAUGAGAGGAGCCCAGACAUCAGCAUUAGUGUCACCACAGACACAGGCCAGACUACCUUGGAGGGAGAAUUGGGCCAGACAACACCAGAGGACCACAAGAAUGGACUCAAGUCACCAGCCAUUCAGGAAGGCAAGGAGACCAUGAGCAAAGUCUCAGAACCUGAGGCCAUAGACCAGCCCGAUGUAGUUCAGAGAAGCCACACAGUCCCUUACCCGGACAUCACUAAUUUCCUGUCGGUAGACUGUAGAACAAGGUCCUAUGGAUCUAGGUAUAGUGAGAGCAACUUCAGUGUAGAUGACCAAGACCUGUCGAGGACAGAAUUUGAUUCCUGUGACCAGUAUUCCAUGGCAGCAGAAAAGGACUCAGGAAGGUCUGACGUGUCCGACAUUGGGUCGGACAACUGUUCACUGGCGGAUGAAGAGCAGACCCCUCGGGACUACAUGGGCCAUCGGUCCCUGAGAACGGCUGCUCUGUCUCUCAAACUGCUGAAGAACCAGGAGGCUGAUCAACACAGUGCCCGGCUGUUUGUACAGUCCCUUGAGGGCCUCCUUCCCCGGCUCCUAGCCCUGUCCAGUGUGGAAGAGGUGGACAUCGCCCUCCAGAACUUUGCCUCCACUUUCUGCUCAGGCAUGAUGCACUCUCCCGGCUUCGAUGGAGGGAGCAGUCUGAGCUUCCAGAUGCUGAUGAACGCUGACAGCCUGUACACGGCAGCACACUGUGCCCUGCUGCUCAACCUCAAGCUCUCUCACGGUGACUACUACCGGAAGCGGCCAACCCUGGCUCCAGGCAUGAUGAAAGAGUUCAUGAAACAGGUGCAGACCAGCGGCGUGCUCAUGGUCUUCUCGCAGGCCUGGAUUGAGGAGCUCUACCACCAGGUGCUCGACAGAAACAUGCUUGGAGAAGCUGGCUACUGGGGCAGCCCCGAGGACAACAGCCUUCCCCUUAUCACCAUGCUCACUGAUAUUGAUGGCUUAGAGAGCAGCGCAAUUGGUGGCCAGUUGAUGGCAUCAGCUUCAAUGGAGUCGCCUUUCGCCCAGAGCAGGAGAAUUGAUGACUCCACAGUAGCAGGUGUGGCAUUUGCACGGUAUAUUUUGGUUGGCUGCUGGAAGAACCUGAUUGAUACCCUGUCAACUCCCUUGACUGGUCGAAUGGCAGGAAGCUCCAAGGGGCUGGCCUUCAUCUUGGGAGCCGAGGGCAUCAAAGAGCAGAACCAGAAGGAGCGAGAUGCCAUCUGCAUGAGCCUUGACGGGCUGCGGAAAGCUGCACGACUGAGCUGUGCUCUAGGGGUUGCUGCUAACUGCGCUUCAGCCCUUGCCCAGAUGGCGGCUGCUUCCUGUGUCCAGGAAGAGAAAGAAGAAAGGGAAGCCCAGGAGCCCAGUGAUGCCAUAGCACAAGUGAAGCUAAAAGUGGAGCAGAAACUGGAGCAGAUGGGGAAGGUGCAGGGGGUGUGGCUGCACACAGCCCACGUCCUGUGCAUGGAUGCCAUCCUCAGCGUAGGCCUGGAGAUGGGAAGCCACAACCCGGACUGCUGGCCACACGUGUUCAGGGUCUGUGAGUAUGUGGGCACAUUGGAGCACACCCACUUCAGCGAUGGUACCUCCCAGCCCCCUCUGACCAUCCGUCAGCCACAGAAGACACCUGGGAGCUCUGGCCUCCUUGGGGACCUCGAGUGUGAGGGCUCAAGUCAGGAGCAGACCGUGGAGCAGGGCCCCUCCCUGAGCACAGCCCCUGUGGUGCAGCCACGCUCCAUCCAGGAGCUCGUUCGGGAGUGCAGCCGUGGCCGGACCUCAGACUUCCGGGGAGGCAGUCUGAGUGGGAACAGUGCCGCCAAGGUGGUCCUCAGCCUUUCCACCCAGGCCGACAGGCUCUUUGACGAUGCUACAGAUAAGCUGAACCUCAUGGCCUUGGGAGGGUUCCUCUACCAGCUAAAGAAAGCGUCUCAGUCCCAGCUUUUCCAUUCCGUGACAGACACCGUCGAUUACUCUCUGGCCAUGCCAGGAGAAGUUAAGUCCACCCAGGAUCGCAAAAGCGCUCUGCACCUGUUCCGCCUGGGAGAUGCCAUGCUGAGGAUUGUGAGGAGCAAAGCCCGGCCCCUGCUCCACGUGAUGCGCUGCUGGAGCCUUGUGGCGCCGCACCUGGUGGAGGCCGCCUGCCACAAGGAGCGCCAUGUGUCUCAGAAGGCUGUUUCCUUCAUCCAUGACAUCCUGACCGAGGUUCUCACAGACUGGAGUGAGCCGCCUCACUUUCAUUUCAACGAAGCGCUCUUCCGGCCCUUUGAGCGCAUCAUGCAGCUGGAGCUAUGUGAUGAAGACGUUCAAGACCAGGUGGUCACCUCCAUCGGGGAGCUGGUUGAGGUGUGCUCCACGCAGAUCCAGUCAGGAUGGCGCCCCCUGUUCAGUGCUCUGGAGACAGUGCACAGCGGGAACAAGUCGGAGGUGAAGGAGUACCUGGUUGGGGAGUACUCCAUGGGAAAAGGCCAGGCUCCUGUGUUCGACGUGUUUGAAGCUUUUCUCAACACUGACAACAUUCAGGUCUUUGCUAAUGCGGCCACUAGUUACAUCAUGUGCCUUAUGAAGUUCGUCAAAGGACUGGGGGAGGUGGACUGUAAAGAGAUUGGAGACUGUGUCCCCGGAGUGGGAGCCACUUCCACAGACCUGUGCCUGCCUGCUCUGGAUUACCUUAGACGUUGUUCUCAGUUAUUGGCCAAGAUCUACAAAAUGCCCUUAAAGCCAAUAUUCCUGAGUGGGCGGCUUGCCAGCUUGCCACGAAGACUUCAGGAGCAGUCGGCCAGCAGCGAAGAUGGAAUUGAAUCAGUCCUGUCGGAUUUUGAUGACGACACUGGUCUGAUAGAAGUUUGGAUCAUCCUGUUGGAGCAGCUAACAGCAGCUGUGUCCAACUGCCCUCGGCAACACCAACCACCAACCUUAGAUUUACUCUUUGAGCUGUUGAGAGAUGUUACCAAAACACCCGGCCCAGGGUUUGGAAUCUAUGCAGUCGUUCACCUCCUCCUUCCUGUGAUGACUCUGUGGCUCCGUCGUAGCCACAAGGACCAUUCCUACUGGGAUGUGGCAUCUGCUAACUUCAAGCAUGCCAUCGGUCUGUCCUGCGAGCUGGUGGUGGAGCACAUCCAAAGCUUUCUACACUCAGACAUCAGAUAUGAGAGCAUGAUCAACACCAUGCUGAAGGAUCUCUUUGAGCUGCUGGUGGCAUGUGUGGCCAAGCCCACAGAAACUAUCUCCAGAGUUGGCUGUUCCUGCAUUAGGUACGUCCUCGUGACCGCGGGUCCUGUGUUCACUGAGGAAAUGUGGCGACUUGCGUGCUGCGCCCUGCAGGAUGCCUUCUCUGCCACUCUCAAGCCGGUGAAGGACCUGCUAGGCUGCUUCCACAGUGGCACAGAGGGCUUCAGUGGGGAAGGCUGCCAGGUGCGGGUGGCAGCACCAUCCUCCUCCCCGAGUGCUGAGGCAGAGUACUGGCGCAUCCGGGCCAUGGCCCAGCAGGUGUUUAUGCUGGACACCCAGUGCUCACCAAAGACUCCAAACAACUUCGAUCACGCUCAGUCCUGCCAGCUCAUCAUUGAGCUGCCUCCUGAUGAGAAGCCAAACGGGCUUGCCAAGAAAAGCGUUUCUUUCAGGGAGAUCGUGGUGAGCUUGCUUUCUCACCAAGUACUGCUCCAGAACCUGUAUGACGUCCUGCUGGAAGAGUUUGUCAAAGGCCCCUCUCCAGGAGAGGAGAAGACGUCCAUCCAAGUACCAGACACCAAGCUGGCCGGCUUCCUCAGAUACAUCUCCAUGCAGAACCUGGCUGUGAUAUUUGACCUGCUGCUGGACUCCUACAGGACUGCCCGGGAAUUCGACACAAGCCCCGGCCUGAAGUGCCUGCUGAAGAAAGUAUCUGGCAUCGGAGGCGCCGCCAACCUGUAUCGACAGUCGGCCAUGAGCUUUAACAUAUACUUUCAUGCCCUAGUCUGUGCGGUUCUCACCAACCAAGAAACCAUCACCGCGGAGCAAGUGAAGAAGGUCCUCUUCGACGAGGAGGAGAGGAGCUCUGAUUCCUCGCAGCAGUGCUCGUCGGAGGAUGAAGACAUCUUUGAGGAGACCGCACAGGUGAGCCCUCCGCGAGGCAAGGAGAAAAGGCAAUGGAGGGCUCGCCUGCCUUCGCUCAGUGUGCAGCCAGUGAGCAACGCAGACUGGGUGUGGUUGGUCAAGAGGCUGCACAAGCUGUGCAUGGAGCUCUGUAACCACUACAUCCAGAUGCACCUGGACCUGGAGAGCAGCUUGGAGGAGCCACCCGCCUUCAAGAGUGACCCGUUCUUCAUCCUCCCCUCCUUCCAGUCGGAGUCGUCCACACCAUCCACGGGAGGCUUUUCCGGGAAAAACACGCCCUCGGAAGAUGAUCGCAGAGAACACCUAAGUGAGCCUCUGAGCCUGAGAGUGGGCAGCGGGGACAUGCUGCUGCUACCCCCCAGCCCCAAGACAGAGAGGAAGGAUCCUGGCCGCAAAAAAGAGUGGUGGGAGAGCGCGGGGAACAAGAUUUGCACCAUGGCUGCCGACAAGACCAUCUCAAAGCUGAUGACAGAGUACAAGAAGAGGAGGCAGCCGCACAACCUGCCUGCCUUCCCCAAGGAAGUCAAGGUGGAUAAGAAGGGGGAGCCCCUGGGGCCCCGGGGUCCCGAUUCCCCACUGCUUCAGCGGCCACAGCAUCUCAUGGACCAAGGGCAGAUGCGCCAUUCCUUCAGCGCAGGCCCAGAGCUACUGAGGCAGGAAAAGAGACCCCGCUCAGGCUCCACCGGGAGCUCCCUGAGUGUCUCUGUGCGAGAUGCAGAGGCCCAGAUCCAGGCAUGGACCAACAUGGUGCUAACCGUUCUCAAUCAGAUUCAAAUCCUUCCAGACCAGACCUUCAUGGCCCUCCAGCCAGCAGUGUUCCCAUGUAUCAGCCAGCUCACCUGUCAUGUGACUGACAUCAGAGUUCGUCAGGCUGUGAGGGAAUGGCUUGGAAGAGUGGGCCGCGUCUAUGACAUCAUCAUUUAGAGGACUCAAAUCCCUGUGGUCAGAGUCUGUCUGUCCAUCCAGCUGAUUGCAUUUUCCCUACCACCAGCCCAUUCAAGCUAGGUCUCUGAGAAACUAGUUCUCUGAAACUUAGUAACACAAAGCUUUUUCCAAGCUCUCCGUAAUUAGCCAGCCUUGGGCUAGUCUGGAUGCCAAAGUGGUAUCCAAGUGACAUGGUGAUCUCUGGCCUCGCACAUUGUUACAGGAGAGUCUGCAUUCACUUCUAAAUCUAAACUUAAUUUCCAAGUGCAUUUGCUUGUCUUAUUCUACCCAAAUGGAUCGUUUUUAACAGCUCUCCUUUAGAAGCCCGAGGCUGAUCCAUUUAGUCCAUCAUUUUCAAAAAUCAAUGUAAGUCCUAAGAAAACAUUUGCUGGGAAGUCAAGCUGAUAUAUAUAUUCGUGUAUCUAGCGCCAGACAUAAUUAAUCAGAAGAAUUUUUAUAUUCUGAUGAUUAUAAUUUGGUUGGGGAGAAAACUGCGAAAGUGUAUUUUUCCAGUGCUCUAAUCAAGAAAAAAUGACUUCUAAAAUAUAUUUGGGAACAUUUCAACAUUAUUCUUAAGUUGUUAAGAUUUUCAGGUUGAUAUUCAUAACUUCCCCAGGUAAGGUACUGUUGUGCCUUUAUUUCUCUGUUUCUAAAGGAAGGAAAUUCUUUCCUAGCAUGAUUUUUAAGUCGGUGGCUCAGCAGUGGUGUGCACUGUCGCAAGACUUUGAUACUGACUACCCUGUGUCCCAUGAGUCUUUGCUUCUGUUCCCAAGGCAGACAAAGAAAAAUGGUGCCUUAGUCUUUUGUUGCACAGACAUUUCUAUGCCCCACAACUAUCUGAACGUAAGGUAUGACACUCGGAUUUUUAAGAAAGAUUAAGAUGCAAUUCAUUUUAUAUCACAGUAUCCUUUGGAGGAAACGAACUCGGAGUCCUCCAUCUGGUGAGCAUACUUCUCAGGGGAGGGGCAAGAAGUGUGGGAUGGGGAUACAGCUGGACGGGGUGGGCUAGGGACCGUGACAGGAUCGUUGUAAACCUUCCACUACAGCACAGUUGUGAGACGAUGGUGUCAGUUACACAAACUCUAGACUGAACGGGAAGGGACACAAUGAAUUUAGAAAACUAUUUUUUUCUACGUAAAACACCUCUCUAGCAAAUUUACUCUCUUUUAACUCAUGUUAUUCAGACCAAUAUUUUAAGUGGAUAUUUCUUUUUCUAAGUAUUAUUAGAAAAUUUAUUUGAAACAUAGUACCAUAUCUGUGGUGGGUUAGGAAUUAAGUGUGAGGUUCAAUCCCUUAUACUUAGGAACCACUGAGCUUCCCCCGAGCCCUUAACACAUAUUUUAUACAUUUCUUACAUUAUAGUAAUGACUAAAGCUUUUCAGGAAAGCCCACUCACACUCUACAGUGUAGGAUUGGUUACCGAGGCAUAUGUGGCAUUUCCCCAGUGCCUGAAACUGUAUUCAUAUGUCAUCCUCUGAAAAUGAGACUUCACUCUUCAGUACUGAAGGACCUCACAGGGCUUGAACUUUAUCCAGUGGUAAUAUUCAUCAAUGUUGCCCUCCAUGAGAACUCAAUAGCUAUCUACAAGGUCAAAGAAAGGUAGACUGGCUUGUUUGGGGGGUCAAAAAGAAAUCCCCAUUCUCCAUUCCAUCCAGAGAGACCACAGAAUCUAGAGGACAUUUUUCUAGUCCCACAAAACAAUCUCUGCCUUCAGAGACAAUGAUUCAACUUGGGUAAUAAUUCAAGUUUAAAAACUGAUCUGAAGCAAUGUUUCGGUUUCUCUCUUUUCUAGUGCUGGGAAUCAAACCAGGGUCCCAUGCAAGUUACACAAACAUUCUCCACCACCGAGCUGUAUUCCCAUCUCUCAACUAUUUAUUUGUUUGAAUAAACAAUGAAUUAUUUUAUCUACAACUUUAGAUUUUAUAUACCUUAUAAAUGUCAUUAAGAGUUAAAGAUUUUGCCUUGUUUUGUCUUUCUCAACAAAAGCAGUAUGCCCUAGCUGUUUAAUUUUGUAGAUUCUUUGGGGGAAUCUGUUCUUGUUUGGCCUAUAAGUACCUCGCUUUACUAGAAAGAGCACCUCAGUUAACCAGAUUACUGAAUUACAGCAUGUCACAAAAUGUGACCUUUCUUGAAGUAUAAAAGGCAGUUUCCUUGUACAUAUGUCCCAGAAGUAAGACUCUGGUCUACUACAGACUGGUUACAAAAGCAUGCAAGACUAGCUUGUGAAAGUGUUCUCUAACAGUCCGAGUAGGACCUGAAAAUACAAGACUAGCUUGUGAAAGUGUUCUCUAACAGUCCGAGUAGAAUCUGAAAAUAAAAGGAUGAGAUAGACCUAAUGUCAUACCCAGGAUGUCCUUACCUGCAAUGUGGGAAGUAUUGGCCUAUCCUCCCAUCAUCCUCUGAGAGGUCAUUCCAAGUCCCAUGUUGUUCUUAGACCACCUCCAAAGCUCUCCGUACUCCAGAAAAGGCCUCUGGGUCUUCAGAGUCCAGCCAGAGGGAGCUACUUACAGUUCCAAAUGGAAUAUUGCUCAUUGCAAAAUCAUGGCUAAUGAGUCGUCUUUCAGUUACAUUACCCUGCAGGUGAGAGAAAGGGCAGGUAAUUAGGCGCCUUGAUGGACAGCGGUUCCUUCCCUCACCACUGUAAGUCCCUCUCCAUGUCUAGCCUCUGCCUUUGCCCCUCUCUUCUUUCACCCUUUCAGGCUCUGAAUGGAACCAGUGUUUUUUUUUGUUUUGUUUUGUUUUUUUUUUUCCUUAGCCACUGGGGCUGAAGAUCAAGGUCAAGGUGGGCUUUUGUGCUUAAAAGAGUCAUUAUCACUGUAUGUCCCGAGGUACGCAGAACAUUGCUCCUAGCUGCUUGUAUGUACUGCCAAAGUUCUAUUGCUUAAAGCUGACAUUUUUCCCUCCUUUUCUUAGAAAACUGUGCACCAUGAAACAGGCCACCCAGCACCGCAUAAAGCAGGUGGCGGGGUGCCUGUGUUUCAUGUAUUGUCCCAGCAUGGUGCACACCCACAACCCCAGUCCUCAGGAGGCGGAAGCAGUGAGACAGAAAUUCAGAGACAUCCUCGGGUCCAUAGGGAAUCUGGAGCCAGCCUGGGCUACGUGAGAGCCUGGAGAGCAAGGGAUCAGAUUUAAUACCGGAAGGCUCAUACAUUGAUCACAGAGUCUCACUUAGCUCCCAAAGCUCUCAGUCAGCUUUUAAAGAUGUUUAGGCUGUCUCUUUACCCACUCGGUUCUCUUCUUCCCUUCAUGGUAGACCCAGCUUUCUCCAUGAAUGCACAAUUUUACCAUUUUAGGUCAUCUAGCCACUACCCGUCACUUGACUCCGGAAGAUGCUAACAGACAUUUCAGUUCAGAUUGAAAUUUUUAAACCAAGCCAGACUUAUGCCUCCAAAUUUCGCUCUGGAGAGGCUAAGGAAACGAGAACUGUACUGAGUUUAAGGCCAACGUGAGUGAGUUCUAGGACAGCCGGAGCCACAGUGUAAGAGCCUGCCUCAAGCCACAAGUGUUCAUUUCCAAGUCCUCUUAACUUAGAUUUCCUGGUAUGACAAUCAACACAAGCAUCUUAUUUAAAAAAAAAAAAAAAUCCACAGUCAAUGGAGCGACUUUGUCCAGUAGCCUUAAUUACAGGAAGGUAGUGCAGACCCUCGUCUCUCCAAAUAGAGAUAAGCGCUACUUGGGUAGAAACGAUUCCUUUUUUCAUUAGAAAACCUCUGACUGAAGACAUGGCUCAGGGGUUAAGAGUACUUGCUGCUCUUGCAAAAGAUUCGGGGCUGGUUCUCAGCACUCAAGUGGUGACUCAUAACUAUCUCGAAAUCCAGUUUCAGGGACUAUGUUGCCUUCUCUGGCCUCUGGGGGCACCAGGCACACACAUGGCACACAUAUGUACGUGCAGACAAAUACUGAUAAACAUAAAUAGUUGCUGAAAAAAAUGUAACGAUCUGUUAUCAGUGCCACCGAACUAAACAGAAUGAAGGCCUUUGUUGAAAGAGGUAACACACUGGGUCACUUUAUAAAACCUGGGUUUUUCCCUAGUUAAGGUCACAGAUCCAGAGUGGUCCAUAAUUUAUGCAAGUUAGCAAAUAGAAGUUGAAGGUGUUUGUAGAGAAGAAUCCCUGAACACAAAGCCUGCACUUUCUCAUGCUGAGCGGUCAACACUGAGUAAGUUCGGCAGCGUGAGAGAACGGGGAAACUGCAAGGCCUUCAUCAGAGGCUUAAAAUGAAUUCAUUUGCUUCAUAGCUCUAUCCUGGACUAAUAUGUGGACUUUAAAAGUAAGGCUUAAAAGUAAUGUCUUUAUGAUUAGAACAUAAAGGAUAUCAAAAUCAAAAUCAAAAUCUUAACCCUAAAGAAAACAUUGAGGGUUACAUUAAAGAUUCAGUAAUAUUAGUGAGAAGCAGUGGGCGCAGUACUGCCAUGCCUGUCUGACUGUAAAUGAAAGAAACACAGCCGUCUGCAUGGACAUGUAUAAUUCACAACCCAUUUUAGGUAUCAUUCAAUCAACAAAGUGCCCUGUAGUCAAUGGAGCCCCUCCGCCAGCUUCUCUGGCCAGUGCGCAGCCUACAGGUCACAAUCAAAGCUUGGAGACACACAGACUAAUCCUCCAAAACUGUACACAUCCGCUCAAGAAAGAAACCACAAUUUUGUACAAGAUGGGCUGAAGUUCCGGGUAGGACAGCAUCUGUGGGACCAUGUGCCACACCCCAACAUUUCUGCUUACUUCCAUAGAUGAGGAAAGAGCCAGAGACUCCGGUGUCCUGCAGUAACCUGAGGACACAAAUGUGUUUGGGAACCACUGAGCAGGAACCCAGCAAGAUUUAGCGUGGCCUUAGAAACAUUUCUGAGCAUUUUUUAACUGAAAAUAUGAACUUGAUAUUGGGAAAGAUUUAUGAAACUAGUAAGAGCUUGAUUUAUAAUUAUGCUGCUCUCUUGGAAAAUAUGACUCCAUUAUUCAUAGCAGAAGAAUCUAGAAAGAGGUUGUUUUUAAGAAAUCCCCUUGCUUUGGGUUAUAGUAUUUGUAAUUGACAUAAAGGUACCUAAAAAUUUUAUUGACAUGUUGUAAUAGAAACAUCAUUUAGAUGUUCAAAAUAUAAAUACAUUACUUUAGGAAAAACAGACAAAAAGGGGGAAAUCAUAUACACCCAGGGCUAUUCAGGAGAAACUAAGUUGAGAACAAUGAUUAGUUUCCGUAUAAACAGGAUACCAUUUAUUAAUUUAAAAAAAACCCACUAUGACAUCAGUAGCACCCUACAAAACCUUUCACUGAAUCAUUGUAUCACCACGCAGAGAGGUUCCAGGGAGAAGGCAUUGGCUGGCCCCAACAGUCAAGGGCCCAUCCAGCCGAGUUCCUUCAAUCUUAAGAACUGUUUCGCUCUGUGAGUUCCUGUCCUGGCGACUGAGCCAAUGGUGUCUAGUUUCUUUUGUCUGAAGAACAGUGGUUCUCAAACUCUUCGCAUGCAUCCAAAUUUACGUAUGGGUUUGUUAAGCCACAGAUGUCCUGCUUCCGAUUCUCUCCAGUUGGCAAUCUGCAUUUCUAGCAAGCUCCCAGAUGGAGCUAUUGCUGCAGCUCUGGGGACCACAGGUUAGAAAUCAUUUACUUUCAAAUCCACCUGCCUUAUCGAGCACGAAACGGAACUGACCCAUGGGCUGACCAGUUGGGAUUAGAUUACUUACAACAUUCCAGUUCUCCCCCUCCCAGUUUUAUUAUACCAAUAAUUGACUCCUACACUAGAAGACAAUGAAUGUAUGCGUUGUACGGAACAGUAAGAUAAGUCCAAGCUUCCCGUCUUUGUAUUUAGAAACAUUAAUUCUAUGAAUGAUUGUUUGUAACCUGUUGACCCUUUGACUUGUACUGAAGGUAAUCAAAUUUAUGUGGUACUUGCAUUCCUUCCUAUAUCAUUUUAAUGAGAUGUUUCCACGUAUGGCUCCAUUAUAGCCUGGCUCCUGGCUUACAGACGUUUUUAAGUAGUUGCUUGCUUGUCAGUUACUUUACAUCUUGGAUUGGUCAUUAACAUAUCAGCAUUUCAACACACUAAGACACUUCUAAUGGUACCCUUGUCUUUCACUUAACUGUAUGGUGUAAGUUAGGAUUUUAGUUCCAUGUUUAUCUGUAAAGAGUCUACUAAAUGGCUUUGUGGAAAUUUUCAAAAUGAAACAAUUCCUUUUGAGCAGUAGAUAUGCCGGUCUUGACUUUUCCGUAAAUAUUGAAUUUCUAAAGAGAUCGGCACAAGGUAAACUAAUUCUUAUUCUACAUGAUGGGACAGAGAAGAAAGUCAUCCUGUGUGCUUUGAGAAUCCAGUGAAAUGUUAACCCAAAUACAGAGGGUCCUUAGUUUAAAUUUUAACGCUUUUGCCCAGUUAAUUAGCUUUAGAGUUCAUUUUUUUUUAAAUCAUAAGGACCAUAUAAUAGGAAGAGAAAGAACUGAUUAUCUGUGUUUUUAUUAAAUUAAACAUCCAAGUAAAUUAAAAAUCUAUUAAUGUAAUUCCAGCUACUCAAGCAUGCCUGGACAACAGUGAGAGAUUCCAUUUCAAAAAUAAAUAAUAAGUAAAUAAACAUAAAUGUUUAAAAGAAGCAUAGAAGGAUUCCAGAGAAAAGUAAUUAAGUAUUCUAAAUAUUGCCCAUUUAUAAACUAUUAAUUCCAUAUAAUUUUCAUUGACCCAAUGAAGUUUUUAUUUAUGUCAUUUAGGCUAUUGUUUGAAUAGAAGGCAAUCAUUCUAGAUACUUAAAAUCAGUCAAAGCAUAUCAUCACAAUGUUAAUGGUGUCAAGAAUUCAUCUUUGACUUUGUGGUUGCACAUAACUGAGUUCUUUUUAUUAUUUCCUUUUCUUCCCAUCACAAUUUAAAAUUAUGCACAUAGUUCUUUUAAUUCUGAUUUCAAUUACAUUUUAAAACUCAGUCUCUACAAAGACUUAUUUCCAAACUGUUUCAUCAACUGUUGCCAAAACAGAAGAGGGAGAACCUGAAAGGCAAGCUAGGUUUUCUCUUAGAUCCUGGAAGGCUUAAGCCCUUGAUAGCACCAGCUAGCAGUGACCAUCCACACCACUUCACCCUCUGCCACCAUUUCCUGGGCAGUUCUUUCCUCUGGUCCAGUAUGGUAACAAUCAGUUUCCCGCUAGGUAGCUACUUUUAGUCAAAGGUGAAUGAUCUGGGUAUUUGGGCUUCUCUUUUAGUGAGACCCUGGGGAAUAUCAUGUGAUCUGAUAGGGUAGUGAGACCCUGGGGUUAGAAUAUCAUGUGAUCUGAUAGGGUAGGAGGGGGUACCUAGAGGGAAAGGUUACUUUUCUUUCUUGUUUUGUUUUUUGUUGUUGUUUUUAUUUUGUGUGUGUGAGAGAGCGUGUGUGUUGGGGUAAGGUGGAGAGCUAAAACUCAAAUAUUUACUCCUCUAACCAAAUGCCAAAUGACUUCUGUUCCGCAGUGAUUUUCUAAGAGGAAUAAACAAAUAAUUACGUUUUCGAUAGUUCCCCCUAUUCCUAUCCCCACUUGAGAUACGACCACUAGGUAGGAGAAUUCCUUUUAUCCAUUUUUGUAUUAUACCAAAGAAUGAGCUUAUUUUCAUUAUAAAUUAUGAAUAAAUGAAGCUAAGUAUAGCCAUAAUGAUUGAGUAGACUUACCAUUUUCCCUAUUAAGAUGGAAAUUUCAUUCUUGCAGCCAAUUCACCAGGAGCCUUGAAUUAUUUUGUUUACCCCAAAGGCCUUGUCAAGGAAGUAUCAUUUUUGUUUUGACUUAUUAUUUAGCCACAUUUACCUUUACAAAGUCCUGAAAACCACUCUCCUUCAAGUGUUGCUAUAACUGUCUGGUUUGAUAUAAUCUGUUAGUUCACUGUUUUUCAGGUCUCUGUAAGCAAGCUUGCAAGUGUAUUUUGUGUAUAUUUUAUCUGAAGUGAAAAACGAAUUCUAAAGAGAAAAUAUUUUAAAAGAUACUGUAUUUAUGUCACUUGUGUUGUAGAAUAAAGAUUCAAAUGCAUCAAAAAUCUGAUAUGGGAAGCAAUUUUCUUCACAUAAUAUGAUUAUUUGAAUAAAUAGCCUGUGUUUGUAAGGA